AUGGCAUUUUUAUUGCAUGUUGAAUUCGAUGCCAAUUCUGAAGUGAAAGCGAAUGGCAUGCUGCAAUGUUUAGCUGGCAUGGCCAAUAUUGUUCGUCGUGAUCAUCCAGAAGUGUACACUUACAUAUUUCGGCGAGACAAUGAAAGCAAAACUAAACUUGUUUUUACGGAGAUUUACGGCACUGAACAAGUCUUUCUCGAUCACGCAAAAGAUCCGGAAUUCACAAAACUGUACCAACAAGCAUUUGAUCCUUCAUCAGGUAAAAGUCGAAAAGAAUUAUGUCUACGAAAUGAUUUAAAUCAAGCAUUGAUGCCCAUCACAGCAAGUAUACUCGAUCAUUAUUUACAUGUCACUUAUGUUCAAAUCCAACAAGGAUUUCUUCAUCGAAUUCCAAUAGAUAAAGGAAAUGAAGAUUCGUUAAUUGUAUGCAAUGGUUGUGACAAAAAUGCCUAUGAACUAUUCAAUGAAUUAUUUACUUGUGUUACAUGUGUUACAUUCGAAGAAUCGGAUGAAAAUCGACAACUUAUCGCAAUUAUAACGAAGUUCUCCAACGAAAAGAAGGCAGUUCCAGAUACAAAAUCGAUAAUAAAUGUAGUCGAAUUAGUUUGUGAAAAUGAAGAUAUAGCUGAAAAAUUCAAAAAUAUCGUUCAACAGUAUUUCCAAGUUCAAUCAUUACACGUUCAAAGUAUUUACAGCGGUUAUAUUCAUCAUCGACCUUUAUAA